UCUCUGUAGCCCUUUUUCAAACGCGGAAUUGAGGUUUGGACAUACAUAUCUAAAUAGAUCCUUAAAACAGAAGUCCUUAAGGGAAACGGGUUUAGAUAAAAUGAUUUACUUGUUAACAUUGUUAGCAUUAAUCUUAUUUUGUUGUUUUAUUCUAUUGUAGUUCAUUAUUUAAUUUUAUUUUUUUAUCGUCUUUAUCCACAUUCCUUACCGGUAGAUGGCGGUAACGCACACUAAAAGUUGCUUGUUAAACGCCAGUAAAAACCAGGAAGAAGAAGAACAAGCCCUUAUUGGCUAAUUUUACGGAAACACCGGUUUUCAAUUUGUCUAAUCGCGGUAGUUUUGUGGGUAAACAGAGCGUUCGGAUAACGAGGAGGCAUAUACAAGAUUAUAUACAGCACUUAACUUCAAAGGUUCAAACCCCUUUGCGAUAAAUGGUCCGCCAAGAUGACACUUAAUGGCGGGGUUAAGGCUCUUCUCAGAUGGGUCAGGACUAUACACUCUUGCCACCGAGAUGUUAAUAUUGAAGCGUUACAAGAUGGGGAGUUGUUGCUUCAUGUUGUUUUCAAGCUGAAAAAGGAGCCAAACCCGCCUUCAUUUACCACAAUUGAAGAGCGCUUUAAAGUCAUUGCAGAAUUUGUUGAACAGCAUUGCAGAUUUAGUCCAAGCAAAGGCACAUCAUUGUCCUGGGACAACAUAAGAAACGUCUCUAACCUCAGUGUAGAAACUGCAAAGAAAAAGUUGAAGGCCAGCUGCUUCCCUCGUCCCCUCACUUCCAAAAACAAGAACAUCAACAGUGGACCCUCCAGCGCUCAACUUCACCCUGCCCUCAGUCCAGCUGACCGGAGACAAUCCAUGAUGUUCACAAUCGACAACACCCCAAAGAAAAACAACAGCUAUCUGAAAAAAGGCCUCAGUAAGCUACGGAGCUCCACCCGCAAAUCGCCAGGCAAAACCUCAAAGAGGCCUCCCGCUGAUGUGCUGGCCAAAGAAAACAUGCCGGCUGCAGUGGGACGAGGGGGCAGGUGUGGCAGCUUCAAGUCACCCCAAGUGCACUCUCAGGAGACCAGGAACUCCCCACAAACCGUCAGAAGGUCUGCAAAGUCUCCACGGCUCCACGAUGAUGUGACGGGGGAAAAAUGGCCUUCGUACUUCACCCAAGCAAACGCUCACUUUUAAUGCACCUUUAUGGUUCUUACAGUUUUGUCUUCAACAAUAAAAUGUCUGAAAACGACUAGUGAUUAUUCUGCAUGUUUUCCUCAGGUAUACAGUAGUCCAGUCUAAAUUGACUACUUUAAAAUACAUCUGAUAUC